AUGGGAAAACUCCACCUGGUCCUCCACAAUUCCACCAACACUUCCAACUACACGCCCCCAUCUUCAACUCUAUUAAUCAUCAAGCUAUCAGUGACCAUCAUUGCUAAACCUAUCAGCCACUGCACCGCAACCUCGACUGAUGCCCCCAAUCCAGCACUAGGUACAGAGAGAAACCAAGACGAGCCAACAUGGGCAAUGACGCUACAAUCAACGAGAUUGAGGAGGUUUGGUAUUUUCCUGGCGAGCGUCGGCGGAGCGAUGCUCGUCGUUCUUCUCGUCCAAGACAUUCCCAAGUGGUGCAGAGAUAACCUCUUCGAGCGACGCAUCGAGAAAACCCGCGUGAACGCCCUUGUCGCCUAUCAAGUCUUUCUGAAGAUGGAAGAGAGUCUCCGCGAAGAAAUUCUGGGCGAGCGUCGCGAGUACGAAAAGGCUAAGACAAAUGCUUGGAGCCUUUUUGUGCACAAGGGUGAACGGGUCGAUCAAGAGGAAAAGGCCAUUGAGAAGGGUAAAGAGGAGGUGAAGCAGAUGAGAGCCGACCUAGAAAAGGAAAAAGGCGAGGUGGAGAUUCUGAAGGCGGAUGUUGAGAAGGGUUUGGAGGAGCUCCGGAAGAUACGUGCUAAGAUCAUCGAGAAGGCAGAUGAGGUUGCCGGCUCUAGCAACAGGGUUAAAGACAUGGACCGCAAGAAUCGUGAGCUGGAGCAAUAG